AUGGCCUUCUGUAACAAUCUCUCGCCUUUUGAAGCUUCACGACCACGACCAACACUUCAGAUACCGGAAGAGCCGGCGACACGAUCGCACCCAAGACUGUUGCUGCAAAGGGAUGACAAGCUCGGAUAUUACCAGAUCCAGCGCAUCGCUGGUGCUCAUUCGGCAUCCGCACUGAGCCUUAGAGAUUGGCGCUCAGUGGAUUGGGUUACGCGCGAUCUUGUCGAGUCGCAACAUUCGCCUUCUUCCGACACUAAUAGAAGCGACGAAGUCCUUGGUCGUAUUACGCCGCAGCGUAGAGGAAUUGCCCGUUUGGCCGCCUGGGUCAAGCGGUCAGGACGUGGUAUCAUACUUCGUCUGCGCGGACAGAACGACGGGUUCACCGACCUGCACUUGAUCUCGGACGACUGGAGAGAUCAAGACCCUAUACAGUCACCAUUGAGCGAACUCGAUGGCUCACCCAUAACCGAGAUCUGCAGCUCACCGAUCAUUGAGCUCCCUAGGUCACAAUCUGGCAGCCAACAUACUGACAACGAUCUCACAUCGUACCAGGGCGGCGCUAGCGAGCUUCGUGGAAGCGAAGUAUCCUCUGAGCUCCCUGCGUCUCAGCGUGUGGUCGAGCUUGACGCUCCGUUCGAAGUCGGGGCCACAGAUGCCAGUUUUGUCAACAACACCCAUUGUAUCGCCGAGUCUGAGGUGGAUCGAACGGCAGCAAGUGAGAAGUCUGAGAGGACUGCACUUCCCAGUCGAGCAGGCACCAUAGACUCGCGAUUGAGCGGCGCCGACACAUUAGUUGGGUGCGCCGGUUCUGAAUUGACCCAUGACAUGGACAUCGUCUGUCUGUCGCCAGAGCCAAUUGUUAGGGCUCUCACCGUCUCACGCGUUGUUAAGCAUAGACACCGAUCCCCACAAAUGGUUGACCUUCUUGGCAACCGCGAUAAGGGAGACGGAGCCGAUGCAAACAAGGGCAGGAUCUUACCACGGGUCAAUACUAGUGGAGUGAUCAACCCUUCUCAGCAACAUCCAAGAGUCUCCGGCACGGGCGUGUUGACGAUCAGAGAGGCCGGAGCUGAGGAGAAGCAGCAAGCGAGCAAUGUCCAACAAACCACGCCUUGGAUUCCUGGCCGUCAUGUCGAAACAGCUAAUCCUAUUGCACUGUCGUCAACCGUCCAAGCAGUCUACGGUAUCACUCUUUCGGCUCUUGUCUACCAGCAGGACCUGCAUGCUCCUGGAGCGAUUGCCAAAGACCAUACAUCACCGGAUUCUCCUCCGAAGCUAUUUUCACCCGGGACGCCAGACCCACAACUACUGCGUGACCUAGUUGCCAAGCUAUGUGCGACUAAGCAACCGGUUGAUGAUGGAGCUUCCGACAAGGUCAAGCACGAAGCUCCGCAUACUGCACUGGCGGCCGCACACUGUCCGCCAACGGAAGCAGAACCAGAUGAGGGAGGGAUAUAUGCAUCAAAGGCCAUACACCCAUACGUCAUCGAAGCGAAGCCUCCACAGCAGCCUUUAGCGCUGGAACAAGUGCUCUCGCCCGUGUCGCCUCUCACAACCAGAGAGAAGUCGGAGCCUGUUAGAGAGUCCCGCUUCGUGCCAAUUACGCCCUUGACGCCACAUAAUGCGACAGCGUACUGCGACCAUAUACCAGCGACGCCAGUCGCAUCUUCAGUAGUCUCCGCUGCUGACAUCGCCAGCAAUGCACUGGACGCGAAGCCGCUGAAAGAUGGGCAAAGCGGCAGUACGCAAUACCCGCUGCGCAAGGAUGGCACGUUGUACGAACAACGUGAUGAGGAAUCGGUCUCGCCGACAGAUACUUCGAGUUCUCCGCUGAUGCCAGCAACCCAACAGCAAGAUGUCCAGUUUCCUGACUUCGGCGUCAAGCAUCUCGCUGAUCUUGUUGAGUACCAAAGUUCAACUCCUCCGAAGGCAUCCCUUCUCGAUCCGCCAACGGGUAUCUCGAAAGAUGACAAAAUACUGAUGAAACGUGCCCGCUUCAUGGCGGAGAGUCAGCAUACAGCAUAUGUCGGGCGUAAAGCGCAUCUCCAACGGCUCAACACCGACAUCAACGAGCCAUCCGAUGUCCCGCAACUUGUCGAGGAGAAGGAUCACCAGUACGGAACGUCCCAUCUGAUCGUGUCGACGGGUAGGGCGCAACCACAGACCAUUGGGCUCAUGCGAGACAUUGCCGGGCUGCUCGUCUCUGGCAUCACGGAUAGUGUCAUUCGCAGCGCCAUGUGGCUGCAACGGCACGUUGGUCAAGAGCCACCAGUCCCAGGCGGCCACGUCCGCGUCAGAUGGACGUGCAACUGCGGAGAGCACUUGUACGACGACUUCAUCGAAUUGCGUGCGGGUGCUGCGGCAGAGCUCGAAGCCGUACUGAACAAGGAGCGGCCCCAACCUUACAGUAAUCCCAGAUCUGGGUCAUACAGCACCCGUGGCAGCUUUUCGCAGUCACAGACACCUAAUAGUUCGCACCCUUCUUCCGCUGGCAGCUCGUGGUCCUCAAUAAGCGGAACGUACGGACCUCCCUCGGGCCAACCAUAUAAGAGCCGAAGUCGGUCCCGGACGACUUCGUGGCAACACUUCCCACCGGAACCUCAGCAAUAUCUACUGACGUGCAUUAACGAGAGUCGCAAUACGCCCAAAGUGUUCAAUAUACCCCUGCACGACAAACCAGUCCAAACAGGUGCGUAUGACCAGCUAGCCGACGCGCUCCAAGAACGCUACGCCAAGGUUAACAAGCAAUGGUACCGGCGCUUGAGGCUCCGCGGCCUGACGUCUAUUGAGUUCGUCCAGUUCUACAUGCACAAGAACCGCUUCGCAGACAUCAGAAUGUGUCCAGAUGUGCCCAAAGGCGCUCACACCGAUGGCUACGAGUUCGAACCAAGCGACUUGCUCCCUCCUGUCGGCGGCCGCUACUUGCUGCACCUUUUCAAGCAUCCGCACGAAUAUGAUGGGGAACGAGUGGCCUACGCCAACAUUCCCAAGAAGACUGAGCGUCUGGACUACGGCAUCGGGUGGGGUAUUGUGCUGACCGAAGGCUUCCUGCCCGAGCGUGUCUGGCUGUGCAUCAUGCUGAGCAUGAUUCUCUUCUCUUUGGUAUUCGCGAUUGUCUGGACAAUCAAGAUGCACGACAUCCAGGGCGCAUUUGGUGUGGCAUCUUUUACGACCACGCUCGCAUUUGUUGUGGUUGGUUUUGCACAAGCUUGCCUUGGCUGA